AUGGAAUUAACCGGUGACCCUCCUCCGUUAUGGCCACAACUGGCUACCUCCGCUUCUCGCCGAAGGCCACCGUCUCCUAUUUUCAGCCUUCCAGUCCUCAUCGUUCUCUUACCCAUUCUCGCAUUGCUUCUCUUGUUCUUGGUAGUCCCUCCUUUUCUCUCCGUCACCGCUCAGAUUCUUAGACCCUUCGGUGUCAGAAAAAGCUGGGACUCCCUCAACGUUUUCCUGGUAUUGUUUGCUAUUAUUUGCGGCGUUUUGGCGCGAAGAUACGAAGACGACGAGUCCAACAACGGCAACGGCAUUAGAAAUGAUAGUAUUAAUGAUAAUAGUAAGGCAAGCGGCCUUCAUGUUCAUGUUUCUCAACAAUGGUUUGAAAAUCCGGAAAGGAAGACAUACGAUGGUGGUGCUCCGAUCAACAUGAAGCCGUCUCAGGCAACCGGUGUUAGGAGGUUAAAGAGAAGCAGUAGCUCGUACCCAGAUCUGCGACAGGAUUCCUUGUGGGAGAAUAAUGAAGAUCGGUUUCGGUUCUUUGAUGAUUUUGAAAUAAACAAAUAUCGAACUUCAACGAGCUAUGAUGAUCAAGUUCACGACCUUCGUAGGAGUUGGAGUGGAUUUGAAGAAUCAGAAGACAAGGUUAUUCCUGUUGAUACCUUUGUGCUUCGUUCUUCUCCUUCAUCGCCUCCGUCGAAGUCUCCACCACUUUCAACGCCGCCUCCUCUCCGCCACCUCCCCGACGACCACCAUCGCCGCUAG